AUGGCGGCGCCCAGUGCAGGCAUGGGCAGCUUUUAGCUGAUGCACAGCUUUGCCUUCUCAAACCGCUGGAGUGAGAAAAUGAAGCGCAAGGCAGGGAGCGGGCGGGGGCCCGAGCAGAUGAAGAAGUUGAAGUUAUCGGUGCAGCAUUUCGUGGAGAAAUCCCAUGGCGGUGAGUCUGCUGGGGACACUGGGAGAGAGGAGACCCCGGGCGGCAGAGGCCAGACCAGGAAGGAGCUCAGGAAGGAGAGGCGCAGGUCUAAGAAGCUGAGGAAGAAACAGUACUAUGAGCGCAGGCAUCUCGGUACCCCUGGAGAACAAGCUGCAUCUGUAGUGGGGAACCCCAAAGCCCCCCAGAAUGUGGAACGCAAGAAAGCCCCCCAGAAUGUGGAACCCCAGAACGCCCCCCAGAAUGUGGAACCCAAGAAAGUUAAAGAGGUGAAGAAGCCCCCCAAGUCACCCAAGGAUGGACCCAAAAAGAAGAAAGCAAGCAAGGAAGAAAUGAGGAGGAAUGCUCUGCUGGAGGCCAAUAAGAAGGAGGAGAGUGAGAUCAAGAGGCUGGAGAAGAGUCUGAGGAUGAACAAGAGAAAAAAUAAAAGCUCAUUACCCCAGGCUUUCACACAAGACGGGUUGGAUUAUAUUUUGGGGGUGCUAGAGCCUGGGGGCUCGGUUUCUGGGUUGUACCAGGAGGAGGAUGAAGAGUUUAACACAACAGAAAAGGUCUACAAGCUGUCAGAGGAUGUAGACGGCUCUGAGGGUGGUGAUGAUCAAAGUAAUGAGGAUAAUCAAAGUGAUGAGGAUAACCAAAGUGAUGAGGGUCUAGAGGAGGGAGGGAGUGCCGAGGAAGAUGAGUAUAUGGACACUGAGUCAGGAGAAGAGUUAGAAGGUGACCUAAAUCAGGAGUCAGAGGGUGAGGAUGAUGGCCAGGCGUCAGAAGCUGAAGGGUCUGACGAAGAAGACCUUGACAGAGCUUCAGGUUCAGAUAGCGACCAUGAGACCACGUCUGAAGUAAUUAAUAAGGUAAACAGAAUUGGGAUAACCGGACACUGUUUCCUUUUGAAAGUUAAAUUGUGAGUGCCCAAGGGCAGCCCUCCAUCUGUUGCUGCUCUACAAAUCCAGACAAUUCUAGAUCCCUACUUAGCUGUGGCAGGAAUACUGUAACAGGGUAUAAAUGGGUAAACAUAUAUUUUGUGCAUGUUUAUGGCAAAUUUGAAUUUUAGUGUACUUCAUUGUAUUAAUGCACAAUUAGAUUAAUGCUUUAGCUUAAAGGGAUACCAAAACAAUGUUCACUGUUUAGUUCUAUGCUAUUUAGGAGUUAAAUGAAAAUUGUAGCUCCCCCAUCCUCCUCCCACCAAAUGACAAUCACUUGAGGCACUUCUGUAAAAUACCAGUGGAAAACUCAGCUAUUUUAAGCAAAUUGUCUGUGUGGCACAAUGCACAAUAGCAUCCCAAUGCUUCCAUAUAGGAAAGCAUUGGAUUGGCUGAAAUCAUAAACAUUUAUGAUCUCAGCCAAAGCGGUAGAGUGGAGACUGGCUUGGCAAAGGAAAAAAGGUAAGUAAAAUAACUUUUUUAACCGUGGUACUGCACCGGUCACCUAAAGUACUAUAAUAUCAGGAAUACAUAUUUGCUAAAGUGUGAACUGUCAAAAACUAAAAUACAAUUUAAAAUUGUGUGCCAAAAUGGUAACAAAAAAUUAAAAACAGAGCUUAUUUUUUCCAAAUCAGCAAUUUUGUCUGAAAAUUUGUAUUUCACUUUGAAUUUCUGACAAUUCACACAUUAGUGUUAGAAUUAUGGCUUGACCGAUGAUCGUUUCCGUAGAUUAUUAGAGCUGAUAUUUUGUAUAUCUCUCAUAAUUAGUGUUCGCCUUGUAAUUUACCAAACAUACGCAUCUCUAACAUUCACCGCACAACUUUUUCUACAUCUGAAAUUCCAGCCAAUGAGAUGCCAACUUUGCAACCUCAAUUCACCCAUAACUGUAAGUCCUCCCACCUAUGGAGUUCAGCAGGAGGCAGUGAAUAAUCUGCUGUACUGGGCUGGCUAACAGCAAUCACACUCCUAUCAGUAACAGCCCUGUGCAUGCUGCUUGAGAGUGAUAGGAGUAGGAUUGCUGGCAGCAUGUUCAUUUAAUGCCAGAUUUUUAUAGCGAUUGUUUUAUUUAUUUUUUUUCUCGUAAUUUUAGAUGUAUCAGCCAAUCAUUAUUACUGUUUAGUUAGUGACAACAAAACCUGUUUACUUUUAUUUAGAUGAAGAUGGUGUAUUUCUUAUCAUACCGGUGAGACUCUGAGGCACCAUAAACUGAGGAUAUAAAAUGUUAAAAUAUAGCAACACAGUCACUAUACAUAACUAGUUACUCUGAUGUUUAUAACUGUGUAUUUAGUACAGACCCCCACUACCUGCAGUUUAUGCAGCUGUACAGAAUGUCAUUGCGUGGGUUCCAGGAGAUCUACACUCUCUAUAUCUGUGUAUAAGGAUUCCACUUCCAGCACUUAUUGAAGUAGCCCAUGCUUGAUUAACCACUUGACAAUGUGUGUACUUUGCUGCUAUUACGUUAUUAGCGAUGUGAAUAAUUUUUGUUUGGUUUCGGUCCAGUCUAUAAUUUUCGGUCCAGUUCAAAUUAGUUUGAAUGUCGAUUUGGUUCAAACAAAAAAUUACAAAUUCUUCUUGUUAUUUUAAAAUUUUCUGCUUGAAACGUUAAUCCCUAUGGGGAGUGACUAAAUUAAAAAGGUGAUGACCACAACAAUCCCCUAAUAGGGAAUAUUUAAGCUGGAGUGUUAAGAAGUUGUCAUUGAAGGAAAUAUUUUGAAAAGAGACAGAGGAAAUCUGAAGAUAACAAGCAAUGUGUAUAUUUGAAAUGGGAAAUUGAUCCAGUUACACCAAUGGAAAUAAAUGAUAUCAAGUUAAUUAUUGACUGAUAUUAGUUUUUGGACUAAAUUAAUGAAAAUUUUAAUUUGCAUUACUUUUUCAAUUCUUCCAAAUACUAACACUUAUGUCUCAAAUAUAUCAAACAGUCUAUGUUUGCCAGCUAUUUAGCCACUGUAUUAUGGUUUUUCAUUGCUAAAAAAUAUUUUCAUUUGUUCCCGAGUAAAAUACUAAAAUAGCUUUCUAGUUAUGGAUGGCAAAUCAUCAUGGAUCUGUUGAUUCACUGUAAAUUGAGGCAGUCUGUUAUAUAACCCUGAUGCACAGAUUAUUCCAUUAAUCUAGUGUGUAGGUGUGUGUGUGUGUACACAAGUAGCAAAGCAUCCUGGGACAACUAUUUACAGAUGCACAGGUAGCCUCUGUGCAGCCAUCGAUCUAUGGAUUCAGGCAUGCAGUUAUACAUUUAUUGUAGCACUAUCUGCUAAUUCAUAACUUUCCUGACUUCCUUUUUCAGGGUGUGCAAGGAUCAGGGAAUAAGUACAUCCCACCGCAGCUGAGAGAUGCGUCUGAUUCUAUAGAUGCCAAAAAGCGGGAAGAACUAGAGAGGCUUAAAAAAAGCGUGAAAGGUUUGAUGAACAGGUAUCGCAAGCCAUCUAUCCAAACACAUAACUGUUCACAGAACAAUCUGCGCACCAUGUAUUCCAUUCUCUGUUCAGUGUCCCAUCUCUUGGCACUAGUCCUAGAGUGCAUCAAGUGCGUUAUUCCUCAUAUUUUAAUUGACAGACUGAAGCUCUGUGAACUUUAAAUCACUCAUCCUCAUCUACUACAGCUAAUUAAUUUCAGUCCCUAUUUUGUUCCCAUUUGACUGGUCAUCCUGUGAUCUAUUGAGUUUACACUUUGAUAAAGAAGGUUCAUAUUUUUGUCAUUUAACUGCACCAUGUACUCUAGAUUUCAAAAUGAUUAUGCAUGUUAAUAAGUUGCUUUCUGUGAAUUAACGUUCGUUGGUGACGGAUUAGCUUCUGAUUUUUUUUUAUAGAUAUCUCUGAGGUUGCAGUCUGACAGUCACAUUAAAUCACUGAAACUGGUAGUGAGGUUGCCAAUAAUGUGAAGUUCUAGAUAUGGGGAAACAAGGAAUAGGAAUUUCAAAAAAAAUUUGGAUGAACCAUUUGAUCCUAAAUGUUCGGAUUGAUUUUAAUCCAGCCCUGUUAAUUUCUUUUCAAUUUUUAUAAAUUGUCGCCUAGACUUUGUUAUUGGUAAUUCUCAGCAAUAGCUAUAGUUUUUAGGGAUUUACGGAAAUCUCCGCGCUUGCUGGAGAACCUAUUGUUGUCUUUCUCUGUGAUAGGCUUCUAAUAACAACUUGGACAAAAAAUACCUCACGUGAGAAAGGUGCACUUAAAACACUCCUGCCAUGAUGGUGAACAGGGAACAUUCCCAUCUGUCAUUCUGCAGAGCUAGCAGUUCAGUAUUUUUGUGAGCUGUUUUCUUCUUCCUCUGCAGAUCUAGAUAGCCUAAAUCUCCUCUGAAAAAUGUUGUAAAUUUGUGAUGACCUGUCAUUUGUUUUGUCCUCAGGCUUAGUGAACCCAACAUGGCAUCUAUCAGCGGGCAGAUGGGGGAUCUGUACAUGGCCAACAGCAGAAAAGACAUGAAUGAAACGCUAACAGAUGUUGUAAUGAAUGCCUGUAUCACUCCCGCCAGAAUGCCUGACCGUCUAAUGAUGGAACAUGUACUUCUCGUCAGCAUACUGCAUCACACAGUAGGGAUCGAGGUAAGUACUGUCCACUCCUCUCUGAUCCAGGAGGGAAUCCACCACGUUUUUGGUCAGUGGGAGUCUUUGCCAGAUAAGUGACAAUCACUUUCCUUACAUUGCACAUAUAUAUAGGUGCAAUGUAAGGAAAGUGAUUGUCACUUAUCUAUAAAAUUUAAAUGCACAACUUAAAAAGGGGUCCCUGGGAUUUCCAAUUUAUUUUUAAUGUUUAGAUGAUCUGAUUUUCCUUUUGAGAUGUGACUAUGAUCAUGAAUUCUAUAGGUUUUUAUUAAUAUUUAUGCAGCUGUGUAUUCUACAUUUGCCAUAAUUUCUCAUCUUACUAAUAACAAAAGAGAAAUAUUAGGAUACCCUAUUACACAUGUAACUAUUAAAAUAUAUCUGGCAGUUCAUGGCAAAAUCUAAACCUUUCUCGUGCAUAUCUCCCUUUUUAGAUUUCUCUCUUUGCUGUCAAACAUUUAUACACACUUCUUCCUCUGUUAUUUAGAUCUAGUGAUUGGUAAUAACUGGAUUGGAGGUGGUAUGUAGCUGUCUGAGUUUUUCUAUUCUGUUUUAGUGAAAUUAUAAUCCACCUCUAUGAUAGACUGGGACCACCCACUAGGCAUGGCAAGACCUCCACCAGGGAAUGAUAUUUAAUUUACACGUAUGUUUUGUUUUGUUUUUUUGUUUUUUUUUGUGUGUGAUUUAUUUUUUAUUUUAUUUUUUGCUUUUCUGUUUGUUUGUUUUAAAGAAAUGCUUGUGGUCCCAACAUGCCAUAGUUCUGAAACUAAAAGAAACAGCAGUUAGCUCAAUUUAUUAUUGCAAAUCCUAAAGAUCUUUGGUUCUUUGUUCUUGAUCAUAACCAUUUGAUUCUAACCUUGUUUCUUCUUGAAUGUCUGGAUUGUUUGUCAGGUUGGUGCACAUGUAUUGGAAUCUUUGGUUAAACAAUUCCAUGAAUUGUAUGGUAACGGCACGGAAAGCAAAGAGUGUGACAACUUGAUCUCUUUCAUUGGGCAUCUCUACAACUUCCACGUGAUUGAUUCUGGACUGGUUUUUGAUUUCCUGAAGAAAUUUGUUGCAACAUUUACAGAGAGAGAUGUUGACCUGGUUCUGCUUUUGCUGAAGAAUGUUGGCUUUUCAUUAAGAAAAGACGAUGCAAUGGCCUUAAAGGAACUGAUCGGUGAGGCACAGAUAAAAGCAAACGAUGCGAGCAGAAAGUUUCAGGAUCAGACCAGAGUAAGAGAUGUUUUUUUCUAUCAGUGAUUUAACCUGUACAUUUAAUGUACUUUUCAUUUCGUCUCUGGGGCACUACACAAAUAAUCUACAACAGAGUAAAAAUAAUUAUACAAUUCCAAAUGCCGAGUGGGGACAAGUGUGUAGUAACUCCUUUGGAUUUAGGGUGUUAAAAUGAUGGGUACAUUGGUAAGUUGGAUAUAAAGCAGAUGGACGCAUCAAAAUGUGUAUUUCUCGCUUUGAAGUCAUUAAGACAUAACAUGCAGGAAUGACUAAAUGCUCACUUUUGGGUUUCAGACUAAAACUGUAACACAAAAAGUUGAUCACUUGAAAAUCUUUUCAAUUUGAAAUAGUUUCUCUUACAUAAAUGUGUAUAUAUAUAUAUUUUUUUUUUUUUUUUAUGCGCAAGGAAAACUUUUAACUAUAUUGGAGGACACAACAAUAUUUCAGCUUUGAAUCCUUGCAGCUAAUUUCAUCUCUUUACCUAGUUCCUGUCAAUCAGGUUGUCUUUGUGUGUGGGUGUAGUACAUAUAUUUUUGGCAGUUGUUUUAUUUUGCUUCACAUUGUAAUAUGUAUUUUUAUUUUUUAAUGGAUUGCAGGCCCGGUUUAUGCUUGAUACAAUGUUGGCUCUGAAGAACAAUGAUAUGCGCAAAAUCCCCGGUUACGACCCUGAACCUGUGGAGAAACUGAGAAAACUACAACGCUCCUUGGUAAGAUUUGUAAAUCCCAGUGGAAAGUCCACAGGCAAAGGUCCUGGCAAAAAACAUUUCAGUAAUCCAACAAAUCGUCAUUUUCAUAAUAAUCAAACUGAGAAUUAGGUCCAGGAUUAAGAUUGAGUUUUCUAUGACAUUAAUGGAGGGAGAACUGCAUCUAUGACAUUGUUACCAAGCAAGAAUAGCUUCUAGAAGUGGGACUAAAGAUAUCUGUUGUGUUUAUAUUACACUAGUAGCUUUAUUAAUGUGGCAUGUUGGUUUUCUUAGGUACACAAUAGUACUUCUGGCAGCGACACACGUCUUCGGGUCUCCCUGGACAAUCUCUUGGAAGCUGAAAAAGUUGGACGUUGGUGGAUUGUUGGAUCUUCCUGGAGCGGGGCACCAAUGAUUGAUUCUUCAAUUUCUAAACCUCAGAAUCCCACUGUUGGGAAGGUAAAAUGGUCUCCUGACAGACUGUUGGAGCAUUGAACAUAAGAUAUAAGCUUGCGGAUUAAUCCUAGACUAGCGUGAAAGUUUAUUAGCCUUAUAUAGAUAUAAUUUAAAUAUAUAUAUAUUUUUUUUCUCUCUGUUAUUCUAUUUGUGAAGGUCAGUGCAAAAAUAAUGGAUUUAGCACGAAAGCAGAGGAUGAACACUGACAUCAGGAGAAAUAUCUUCUGUGUUCUUAUGACCAGUGAAGACUUUAUGGACGCCUUUGAAAAAUUAAUCAAGUGAGUCAAAAGCCCAGAAAGCAAGUAUUCUUGUCUGUAAGAGUUAAGUCUUGUAAAUAUCUCUGAAGCAGCCAUGUCCACCCUUGACAUCAGACGGUGUGUAUUGUCAUAGGUGUUGACCUGUCACUUGACUUGUUUCUAAUAACGAGUAAAAGUAAAAAUUGCUUCCUCUGGGCAGACGCACACAUGUGGACAUUUGCACUGAGGAAAUAAUUUUGUUUCAAAAUAUUUGUCGCUCACAUAGACUCUGCAAAUAAAAUGGUAUUUUUCAAACCCAACUGAUCGUCUAUGCAGGCCUUUUAUUUUCUUUAAAUUACUGUGGCGAGAGCAAUGCAUAAUUUAAACUUUAUUCCCUUUGAAGUGAUAUUUAUUUUUGUUAUGACCGGUACAUUUCAAACCGUUCAUUGUAUAUCUGUUGCAAUCUUGAAAUGGUCAUUGAAAUGGCGUCUGCGUCUAAUUGCAACUCGGACUGUGAAGCCUCAAUGUAUUUUUAUUUAUUUUUUUGUCCCAGACUUGGUCUCAAGGAUCACCAAGAGAGAGAGAUUGUGCAUGUCCUCAUUGACUGCUGCCUGCAGGAGAAGGUGUACAAUCCUUUCUACUCCUUUCUGUCAAGCAAGUUCUGCGAAUACGACAGACGGUUUCAGGUAGUGUGAUCAAUAAAGUUUGUAUUCUAUCCAUUAACCUUGCAAAGUCCAAUGACUUCUAAUCAUGAAGUCUGUGUCUUUCAAUAAUCUGGUCUUUAAACACUCUGCUCUGACGUAGAAUGACCUACUCGUUUAUUGACAGAUGAUUUUAUAGUGGCUUAUGAUUCAUAAACCCAAAAUAUCUAGGAGAUAGCCAGAGCUUAUGCAAUACUAGCUAAGUUGUUUAUAAUGGAUUUAAUUAUCUGUACACUUUCACAGUUAAAUAUUAUUAAAGGAUUACUCCACGCACCAUGACCACUUCACUGGUUUAAAGUGGUCAUGGUGCUUUUCACUAUGAAAAGCUGCACAUACACAGUUUAACCCUCUGCUGCUGCAUCAAUGUGGCAUCAUUAUUCAGCCCAGAACAAGCGUCCCAGGGGGCUAAUAUGUGCAUAUUGGACAUCUGAAGUAUGGCAUGCUUUCGACAGGUGUCCAAUGGCAUCAUGGCCGUGCCUCCCAAGUCCUCCCCUCAGCCAUCUCUCUAUCUCCCUCCCUGACAUCUGAGGAGUAAUGUCAGUAGAGGAGGGUCGGGCUGAGGGAGAACACUGCCUCAGUGCUGGGAUGGCGGUGCGCUUUUAGCCAUUUUUCUUUUUGGGGAGGGGAAGAGGGGGGGACCGGGACCAGGAAAAGAAGGAUAACUGACCAACGACAGUGUUUUCUUGAAUCACUGUUUUUUGGUAGGAUUAACCCUUUAAUAAUCAAUUUCUUAUAUCUGACAUCUGUUAUCUAUAAUUCACAGAAGAAACAUAGCGAUUCAACUUGCAGACAAUAGCAGUCUUGGUUUUAUAUCAAUUUAUAUAUUUUAUGCUAGCUGAACAGUAACCCUUUAGACUAAAUAUUGCAUUCUAUUAACCUAAACAGAAAUGUAUGGCUGGUUUAAAACUAAUUACAAAAAUAAACAAAUGGACUUUUUAGUACAAACUCUUUUUUUUUUUUGACAUAAACUCAGCCAUUUUGAUUAUUGUUUUUAUUAUUUAUUGUGCUAAGCACUGCUAAUAUUUCCUUAAUUUAUUGUUAUUAAAUAUACUGUAUUUUCAGAUGACAUUCCAGUUCAGCAUGUGGGACAAAUUUAGGGACUUGGAAAAUCUCAAGUCCACAACUUUCACAAACCUUAUUAAUCUCCUGACCCACCUGAUUAAGAGCAAGUCCCUCCCGCUGUUAAUUUUUAAGGUAAAUCAUUGGCCAUGGAAUCUGUGGUUUAAUGGUUAAUUACUUUGUUUGCAAAACAGUGAAGUAUUAUUCUGCAGUCUUUGUAAAAAGAAAUGUAAUUGGUAAUAUGGAAAUUUAUCACAAUGAGAAAUUAUAACUAGUGAGGUGAUGACAGUCUCGAGAUCCUGAAUGGAUUAUUUAAAACAGUAUAGUGUCGCCUACAAUGACACUACACAGGUUUAUAAGGUGCAAUACUCGGUUAGACCAAUGUAUGCAUCAUGGGAAUCACUGCGUUCCUUACGAUUGGUUAUUAGCAAUGGUUUAUAGGUAGACUAGAAAACAGACUUAACAGGAUAUUGAUGAAUUUAGGAAUGCCAUUCAUAUCUUUGCUUAUAAAGGCAUAUUAUUAAAUUAGAAGUGUUGUAAAAUCAUAGUGAUUUUCAAAGCAAAUAUGUGAAUAAAUCACUAAUCUUUAGAGGGUACUGGUGAAUGUAAGAAUGUUGUGUAUAUAUGAGUGAUUUUUAGAGGAUAUUAAAUAUCUUUCCUUCACCUUUGGAAGGACAUGAAAUCAGACCUGGCCUGUAGGUUUAACAACUUGUUUAUUGAUCUUAAAGGGACACUGUUGGCAUUUUCAUCUGCUUCAUCUCAUUAACUAGUUAUAAUUAGAGAUGUCGCGAACCGUUCGCGGCGAACUCCAGUCAGCUGACACAUCCCUGCCAAUCUCCGGCAGACCCUCCCUCCCAGAACCUCCCACCACCUGGACAGCAUCCAUGUUGAAGCUGCCUUCAACAUGGAUGCUGUCCAGGAAGUAGGAGGGUCUGGGAGGGAGGGUCUGCUGGAGAUUGGCCGGGAUGUGUCAGCUGACCAGAGUACGCCACGGACGGUUCGCGACAUCUCUAGUUAUAGUGUCUGGAGUCCCCUAUUGCCAUCCGGUCAUUCAGCAUUAAACCGUUUUAAUACUGAAUGAGAGUUCCCGGCAGCUACUUGGACUAAUGAGGAAGUAUUAGCCUGAGCAGUGGGAAGCUGUGAUUGGCUGAGAGUGUCAGCCUACUGCUUUUAGCCUAUCACAGUACCCAUCGCUGGUAUGACUGCAGGGAGGAGUGUAAUUUCAGCCCUAGUCAUACCUACAGUAGGGCUGAGCUGUGGAUGGCCAGGGACCCUUGUUUAGUGUUAAACUGCUUAUAAAUGAGUUGAAGUGGGUAUGGUGACUACAUUGUCCCUUUUAAAUAAAACUGAUCAACAGAUUUCAAAACAGAAUGCCUCACUAGAGUAUGGUUUUCAUGGCAGUAUAUAUAUUUACAUAAUUACAUAAGAUAUAUUCGAUACAUUUCUUUGGCUAUACAUUUUUGCAAAUUCAAGUUAAACACCCAAAUUCCUAAACAUAAGCUACACAUUAGUAUUUGUACGAAAUAACAAUCUAUAAUUUACAGGUCUGAUGUUCUAAAUAAUGUAACUACAAAAUUUCCUAUCCCAGUUAUCUUUAGACACACGUCACCUUAGGCUCUCUCUCCCCUGAAUCAUUACACUCAUAAAGAGAACUAAAGAAUAAAAAUAAGGCCAAGUUUAUCAAGUUACAUAAAUUAUAUGUAAAGCUAUAAUUUAAUAUAAUAAUAUAAGGGAAGCCCACCUGCUUGCAUGUAGGUGGGCUUCCCUUGAGACCUUUCCUUUCUAACAGAGGUACUUUUAGAUAUAUAUAUAUAUAGCAGGAUUUAUACAUCCAGCUUUUAAUUAUAUCGUCCACAAGCUUAUAGUACUCAUUUUAUUGAACCUCAGAAGGUUGAAAAGCUAUCUCAGAUAACAGUGCCUUGCAGAAAAUGUUCCGUGGUUAAAGAUAAAAAGAAAGCAAGGUCUGUGUUUGCGGUGAUAUAAUUAGACGGUGUCCGUUUGAGUAUGUGUGCAUGUAACGGAACUCCCCGUACUCCGACCGAGUACCUUCCGUUGAUGGACGCUUCCUAGCCUGCGCAGAGGACCACAAGCACCGCACUGGACACCACAACCACCGCAGACUCCACAACCGCCGUAGCCUAACUGGAGUCUCGCCAUCUUCUGUCCACCCCGGAUCGGCUUCUGUCCUCCAGGACCGUGUGGGGAAGACCUCUCCAGGAGAGCGUAUCAGGAACAGCUCUUAAAAGAGCCAAGUGAUUAAAGCUCAAGGGAGUAUGCAGAGCAUAGCAAUCCCCAGUGUGAUUAUAGCAGUUCCCUCCAAUAACGAGACGAGGCUACAUUUUGAAGGGUAAAGAAGAACUGACUGGCACAUACAGCCUCUUUUAUUCGCAUUCUACAAACAUAGUACCGCCCACAGGGUUUUGAAGAACAACCAAUCAACACAUUACAACACAGCUAACACUCCCAUUCAUUACAUCAGAAAUCCUCCCCUCUGCCUGUGAUACAAUAGAGUAACUUAAUUAUCACAGGCAGGAAAAUACAGUAUUAUAAAACAUAUCACAGGAAACCCAAAACAUGCAAUAACCCCAUAAAUAUAUCCUCGGAACCGGGGGAUCUGGGUUCAGUAGUUUGGAAGAUACAAUUUAAUGCAGAUUCCACAGAACAUAUACAGGCUAUAUGAAAAAUAAUUACUGUUAAAUGUGUCCCCUGUUCUGUAGUUUAAAACUACUGAACGAUGUCUUUGUGCACCAAAUACCGGCAAGAUGGCACCGUGUAGACAAGUCAAAACAGUGUCUGUGAGUUAAAAUGGCCGCCAUCUAUUGUUCUCACCAUGUGCUUCAUCCAUUGUUCUCACCAUGUGCCUCUGAUACAUGAAAUGGUGGCCACCCAGUAACUCCACAGUUUGUCUGGUAGUCUAUCCAGCCGAACCAACAGAUGAAACACAUGGGGAACAGUGCAACAAACGAAGGGAAUCAUUAAAAAUAUGGACAAUAGUCAUAUUUGUGCACAAUCUCCAGUUUUGUCACAGGGCACAAAUAGUGUUUUCAAAUGCCAUAUAUCCCAGGGCCAUAGUCAGAGGGUAAAACAACAAAUAGUCUGAGUUCACACCUGCAUUACGGUUUCCUUUUAAACUCUUAUUUUCAAACGGUGUUCUAUUCCAUCUCCCUCCCUAUACUAUCACUACUCAAUUGAUAACUAUAUCUCCCAUCCUGAUCUUCUUCUGUUUUUGUUUUUCUUAAGGCUGGUAUGAUCAUGUCAAUUUAUGUUCAUUCUCUUAGACUCUUUGUUAAUUGUUUGUUUGUUUAGCUAGUGUUACUACUCUCACUGAUAAUAUAGUAAAUUUAUGUUCAUGGUUUAUGACUUUCACCUAUCUGAUCCUUCCUAUCUUUUUAUCCCAAAUGUUCUCUCCUUUUAGUUUUUCAUCUCUAAUUAAUUACCUCAAUAGCCCCAUGUCUCCCCACCCAUAACAGUGUGUUUUAUUUCAUUUUUUUUUUCUAACCUCAGACCUUAUAUUUCAGACUGAGCCCCUUAAAACAGCAUUAACACCCAGCACUCCCAAGCAACCAAGUCCUGCUGAAUCUUCAGAGCAGAGGUAUCAUCUCUGGAAGAUUGCCCACCCAUCCCACCCCAUGGUCAUCAACUUAUUUAUAGAUAGUGCACAUCAGCAGGUUUCCAUAACACACCAAUCAAGUCAUUAAACCACUCCUCACCUGAAUUCAUUUAACACACUGCAUCCUUACAAUGGUCUAAACACUUAUUGAUAUUGUUAUUGUGUGUUUGUAUAUAUGAUCUACAUAUCUAUAUAAUACACAUUUUCUCUAAUGUUCUCCCUUCUAUUUUUCACAUUAACACUAACUUCUGUCAUUACUAAAAUAUCCCUAUCCUUUCACUCACCUGUCCCUGGCAACACCAUCAUCAUUACUUCCACCUUACUCCCCUCCCCUCUCUAUUCAUCCCAUGCACUCUACACAUACCUUUCCAGCCUAUCUUCUCCGACUCUCUCCAAAUCCUCCACAUACAUACCCUCCUACAAAACUUUCAAAUCCUACUCCCACCUUCACUUCCUUUCUAUCCUUCUGCUCCUAGCAGCUGGUGAUGUCUCUCCAAACCCCGGUCCCCUCUCAACAAACUCAGCACAUACUAACCCAAGGAUCCACACUAAUCUCAUACCCAUCUCUUGUUCCUCUAAAUCCUCCUUCAAUACUGCCCUCUGGAACGCACGCUCUGUUUGCAAUAUAACUAAAUCCACUGCUGUCCAUGACUACUUCAUCUCUCGUUCAAUAGAUUUACUAGCCUUAACAGAAACCUGGCUCUCCCCCUCUGACACUGCCACCCCUGCAUCUUUGUCCUUCGGUGGUCUCCAACUUACCCACACCCCAAGAAACUCUGAAUGUAAAGGUGGUGGUGUUGGGUUUCUCCUCUCCCCUCACUGCUCUUUUAAACCUCUUCCCACCCCCCCUUCCCUCUCUUUCCCAUCAUUUGAAAUACACUCAAUUCACCUUUUCAAACCCUUCACUGCUAACAUUUCUGUUAUUUACCGUCCCUAUGGUUCCCCUCUUCUCUUCCUUGACCAUUUUGCUGCCUGGCUACCCUAUUUCCUCUCUUCUAACAUCCCAUCCCUAAUUCUCGGGGACUUCAAUAUUCCUAUAAACCCACCUUUGACCUCUGCAGCCAAUAAACUACUUUCAAUUACUUCCUCCCUCGGGCUAUCACAGUGGGCAAAUUCUCCCACCCAUGUAGCUGGCAAUACCCUUGACCUAAUCUUCACUUAUGCAUGUACGGUAUCUAAUAUCUGCAACACUCCUUAUCCUCUCUCUGAUCACCACCUCUUAUUGUUUGCUCUCACGUACCCCCUCACCCAACAACCUCCGCCUAACCAGCCUCAACUCAGGAGGGACCUUAAUUCUCUUGAUCUCCAACAGUUGUCAGCUGACAUUGAUUCACAACUGCUGUCCAUCCCUUCCCUAUCCUGUCCUUCACUGGCCAUCUCCAUAUAUAACUCUACUCUUACAUCUGCCUUGAACACUGCAGCGCCACUCCAAACAAGCACCUCAAGAAGGACCCGCCCCCAACCAUGGCAUACUAAAUCAACGCGCUACCUGCAAAGAUGCUCCCGGUGUGCUGAACGCUCCUGGAGGAAGUCUCGCACCCAGUCAGACUUUCUCCAUUAUAGAUUCAUACUGUGUUCAUACAGUGCAGCCCUUGCCCUUGCCAAACAGUCCUAUUUUUCCUCUCUCAUUAGUUCAUGUUCCCGCAACCCCAGGCGUCUCUUUGACACCUUUAAUUCUCUUCUUCGCCCCGCUGUGGCCACCCCCCAAACCAACCUUACUGCUGAUAACUUUGCAUGUUACUUCACUGACAAAAUUGAACAGCUAAGGAAAGAAUUCUCCCCUCCUUGCCUUUCUGUUUCUCAAUCACACAUUGAUCAUGCCUUUCCUACCCUUCAGACAUUCUCCCCAGCCACUGACCAAGAGGUGGCUGCUCUUCUUUGCUCCUCUCGCCCCACCACUUGCCCGCUCGAUCCUGUCCCGUCUCACCUUAUCAGAUCUCUCUCCGCUUGUCUCGUGCCUUCUCUAACACACAUCUUCAACUGCUCGCUCUCUUCUGGCAUCGUCCCUGCUGACCUUAAACAUGCCACUGUAGUACCUAUACUAAAAAAACCAUCCCUUGACCCAUCCACCCCCUCUAACUACCGUCCCAUAUCCCUGCUCCCUUUUUCCUCAAAGCUUCUGGAAAGACUCGUCUUUACCCGUGUGUCUCAUUUCCUCAAUUCCAACUCUCUCCUUGACCCCCUUCAAUCUGGCUUCCGCCCUCUCCACUCUACAGAGACUGCCCUUAUCAAAGUUACUAACGACCUAAUCGCAGCUAAAUCCAAAGGCCACUACUCCAUACUAAUUCUUCUUGACCUCUCGGCGGCCUUUGACACCGUUGAUCAUGCUCUCCUUCUUCAAACUCUGCAAUCGCUUGGUCUCUGUGACUCUGUCCUCUCGUGGUUUUCCUCUUAUCUCUCCCAACGCUCAUUCAGUGUCUCUUUUUCUAAUGAUACCUCCUCCCCUCGCCCUGUCUCGGUUGGAGUCCCCCAAGGCUCCGUCCUUGGUCCCCUUCUAUUUUCUCUUUAUACUGCCUCUCUUGGCAAACUUAUUACCUCAUUUGGUUUCCACUACCACCUGUACGCUGAUGACACCCAGCUAUAUCUCUCCUCCCCGGACCUCUCCCCUGCUGUCCUGCAACGUGUCACUGCUUGCCUUUCUUCCAUCUCUGACUGGAUGUCCUCCCGCUUUCUGAAACUCAAUCUCUCAAAAACUGAGCUCCUUGUCUUUCCUCCUCCUAAUACUGAUCCUCCUCUUCGCUCUCCCUUCAAGUUUGUGGUACCAACAUCAGCCCAUCCUUGCAAGCGCGCUGUCUUGGCGUCAUACUUGACUCUGGUCUCACCUUUGAGCCUCACAUCCAGCAUGUUGCCAAAUCCUGUAGAUUCCAUCUUAAAAACAUAGCCCGCAUCCGCCCCUUUCUUGCACCAGAUACUACCAAGGAGCUUGUCCAUGCUCUAAUAAUUUCACGCAUGGAUUAUUGUAACCCUCUCCUGCUUGGUCUUCCCAAAAGCCGUACUGCACCCCUACAGUCUGUAAUGAAUGCUGCUGCUAGACUGAUUUUCCUCUCUAGUCGGUUCUCUCACACCUCACCCCUCUGCCAGUCCUUACAUUGGCUUCCUGUGUGCUAUAGGAGUCAAUUCAAGGCACUAACUCACACCUAUAAAGCACUGAACAACUCUAGCCCCUCUUAUAUCUCCUCACUGAUCCACAGGUAUGUCCCUUCUCGGUCUCUCCGCUCUGCCCGUGACCACCUCCUGUCCGUUGUCCGCACCCGUACGGCCAACUCGCGCUUGCAGGACUUCUCGCGGGCGGCUCCCUUCCUAUGGAAUAGCCUGCCUACCGCCAUCCGACUCUCCCCUAGUCUUGCAUCUUUUAAGAAGUGCCUUAAAACCCAUCUCUUUAGGAAAGCUUAUGGCCUCCAAGACUAACCCCUACCUCACAUACCCGUCUCUUGCCCUCUCCUAAAGGGCAGCCCACCUUAUUUGAUUGCACAUUCCUGUCCUAAUGUGUUUUACACCCCACCUCCUAUAGAAUGUAAGCUCGAUUGAGCAGGGUCCUCUUCAACCUAUUGUUCCUGUAAGUUUAUUUGUAAUUGUCCUAUUUAUAGUUAAAUCCCCUUUCAUAAUAUUGUAAAGUGCUACGGAAUCUGUUGGCGCUAUAUAAAUGGCAAUAAUAAUAAUAAUAUAUAUAACCCAGUUAACCAUUAUACUGGUUAACUGGGGUGUUUUUGUUACACGUUUUGUUACAGUGCACAAUUACCAUUAUGCUUAUUGUAGUAGAUGGAUUCAGUUACAAUGUGAUUUCCAAUAUUUUAUAUUUCAAUCUGCAGGUCAUAGAGUUCAGCGAGCUGGAUAAAAUCCGCGUGUCUUUCCUGCGUCAGGUUCUCUACAAGUUGCUGACAGAUGCUGACGUGGAAGAGUUGGCUAAGAUUUUUGGAAAGUAAGUUAUUUGCAAUUUAUGCAGAGUUAGUUACAGUUAAGCACUUGUGCUGCCAUCAAACUGCAAUCUCCCAUAUGAUUGCCUUGGAGUCCUGGGAGUUAAAGCUCAUCAACAGGUGUAGAGGGCUGGUGGUUAAUCAAAUCUGAAUUGGACUUCUCUGAUCCUAGUGUAUUGGUAAACAGCUUUUUAGCAGAAAAAUAAUGACCAGAUUUUUUUAAGCACUUUCUCAAGAACAGCCCUUCAUAGUAAUUUUAAGAAAAAACUAAUUUCUUGUGCAAAACAAACAAAUUUCAAUCGAAACUGGCUAACUGCUAAUUUUGCAAAAAACACAAGUUUAGUUUUCCUUUCUGAAACAUCCUGCUGGAGUAAGUAAAAAUACACAUUAAAUUAACUUUUCAUUAUAUGUUUAUGCACCCGGUGACAUCAUGGGAUUGUGGGAUAUUUGGCGAAAUUCUUAUAAUUUUUAUUUUGUUUCUUUUAAGAGAGCUACCAGCUCACUUUGUACUUUGUACUGAGUUUCAGGACAGACCGCUUUAAAUAAAUUUUGGUUUUCUAUCCUUUGGCUUCCACCCCCCUCCACACACACACACUUUAUAUUUUUCCCUCCCAGAUUUUCCUGUUAUUUAAGCUCUAUCCAUAUUAUUUGUACAUUUUACAAUUCCGAUGUCUCACGGUACAGUAAAUGCCAGAUGUAAAAUAGGUGUGAACGCACCAGGACCAGCUCCAUAGGGGGGUCUCACACAGUGGCAGGACUGCAGUUCUGUUUGUCCUUUUAAAGGAGCAGCAGGUGCCAGGCCCCAUGCAGCAAACUGUUAAGCUGAGCCAGCUGGCAUCUUGCCAGCUUGUCAUAAAGUGUUUGUACUUGAGAAAAUGUGUAUGGAGCCAAGGGUGCCCGUAAAAUGUUUGAUUUUAAAAAAGGAUUAGAGGACACUACCAGCUCAAUAUGUUCCUUUAUUGGUGGUUUAAUACUUGCUUUUUAUUUAUUUUUUUACCCACUUAGAGUGUCUGAAAAUGCAAAGCUGGGGAUGCUGCGUGAGGGGUUAAAAUUGUUCAUCACCCACUUCUUGCUGAAGAACAUCCGGGCUCAGAGAAGUGCCGAAGAAGCCGAACUGCUCAUUCAGAGAGCAGAUUUAGCCGUCAAAGCUUUGCAGGCCAAAGAGCACAGAUUGCGGCUAUAAAGUACUGACCUGCGUACAGACUUUUCCUAGUGAACCUACACAUCCUAGACCAGGCCGCAGACCUGCUCUCACAGAGGUUUUGUCAGUGUACAGUUCUUACACUGCAGUGAGGGAUUCAUAGUAGGGAAUUAAAGGGAUCUGCACCUUAUACUCAUGAGAAAAAAAAAGUUAUUAAAAAGAUAACGUGGAUGGAGUCAGCAGAAUAUCCGUAAUGCUUAGUCUUUUAAAAUAUGCGCUUGCAAUUCCGACCGUGAAAACACUUACACGUUUUGUGUAUGUAUGUAUUUUUUUUUUACAGUUUGAAAAAGUGGAAUUUUAACCUGUGUCAGGUUAGGUGGUGUUCAGCGGUUUGUAGUGUGACUGCUCUCAAAAUAAGAAAGCAAAAAUCACCUGUAUGUUUAUCGCCCAAAAGGGUUUAUACAAUUCACAUAAACAAUCAUUUCUAACUCCGUGUUCCAAAGCUAUAAAAGAACAUUUGAUGUGAGCGAUCCGUCUUGUUGACAGACUUACAGAACCUUUAAUCAUUGAGCCAUUGGAGUCCCACAAAUUACUGUCGUAAUAUUAUUGCAGAACAUUAUCGCACAGCGAUAUUCCCAUUAAUGAAGCCAAUAUAACGGGGUUUAUUCACUAAACCAGAAAAUGUGAACGAUUAACAUUUUGAAAGGAUAAAUAAAACCUACCAUACUGUCCGGGCCGACAUUAAGGGUGUGAGACCUAGUCUGAUUUGUUACUAUUGUAGCGUGACGCGGUGCUAUGCAGCCUCAAAACUUAAAUCCUUUAGAGAUCUCUGCCAGUCGCAGAGUUGCAAAGUGCAUCCAGUGUAUUACUUCAUAGGUAUUGUACCAUGUCUGCUUUUAUGAUAGUAUGGCUACUUCUAUCAUUACAUUCAAUUUUUUAAUUUUUUUUAAAUGAGAGCGAGCAAGUUACCCUUUCUAAUACAUAAGCUCACACAUCUACAGUUUUUUUUUUUUUUUUUCACGUUUCCUUUUUCUUUGUUUGAAACUUUACUUUCUACCUGUUUUUGCUAAAACAGGUGAUUGUAUUGUUUACUGUCAUGCAACGGUAACCAAUGUAAUGGCUGUACAGACCACUAGAUGGUGUUGUCAAUAAAUAACAUUGUGUCAGUAACAUGAGGGGAGUAUCUUUGUUUUAUCAGAUUUUUGUGUUGCAUUGUUCUGCAUUUUGGGGACGUUUCUCAUAUACUUGUUAAAAUAUAGGUAUGGAUGAUUAGAUUGUGAGCUUAUUUGGGCAGGGCCCUCUUUACCUACAGUUCCAGUAUGUCCAUCAUGUUCUGUUUGAAUUAAAGGGUUAGUCAAACCCUUCAAACUUUUUUUAAAAAGUUAAUAUUAAUAUUUCCGUCCCCUCUCCUAAAUAAAGGUUUUAAUAAAAAGUCUAAAGGGACACUAGAGUCAAUAAAACAAUUUUAGCUUACUGAAGCAGUUUUGGUGUAUAGAUGAAAGGCAUUAUUUACUGCCUGGUAACACCUCUACUGGGAGUCACUCAGAUGGCCACUAGAGGUGCUUCCUGGGUCAGCAUUGCACAGUGUGCAGCACCUACAUUCAGCUUCCUCAUCCUCUGCAUUAAGACACCUGAAGUUCCCUAUAGAGAUUCAUUGAUUUAAUGCAUCUCUAUGAGGAGAUGCUGAUUGGCCAGCACAGUGUUUUGCUAUGCAUGCAGAAAAGCCUCCUAAUGCUUUCCUAUUGGAAAGCAUUGGAUUGGCUGAGGUUAUCAAGACUGAUGAUAUCAGCCAUGGAGGCAGAGCCAGCCGUGGUGAGACCGGCACAGCGUGAAGCAAAGGUGAGAAGAAUCGCCUUUCCCAUGCAAUUGAAGGGAAGUUGGAAACCUAAGUAGUUUAACACUAUAAUAUCAGGAAUACAUGUUCCAGACGCUAUAGUCUUCCUUAGAUUUUUUUUUUUUGUAUGACUGAUUAGCCAUGUUAGGUCAGACUUUACUGCUCUCUUACACAGAGCAAUUGCAGUAGCAGCAAGAUAUAGGUUGAGCUAUGCUGCUGCUGAAAUUGCUCUGUGUAUAUCUGUAGCAGCAGUCAAAUUGAGUUGAGCCACAGUUGGCCAGAUAGUAGUAGAUUUGAC